AUAAGUAUUAAAUCCCAUCGCAAACAUGGCGUCGCAGUACUAUCUGGAAAUGCAGGAGAAUUUCAAAAAUAACAACAAAAGUCGUGAAUUCCCUGCUCACAGCGCCAAGGUGCAUUCGGUUGCUUGGAGUUGUGAUGGCAGGCGGCUGGCAUCUGGAUCAUUUGACAAAACGGCAAGCGUAUUCGUACUGGAGAAAGAUCGCUUGGUGAAAGAAAACAACUACCGGGGUCAUGGCGACAGUGUUGAUCAGUUAUGUUGGCAUCCCACAAAUCCAGACCUCUUUGUUACUGCAUCGGGGGAUAAGACCAUCCGCAUCUGGGAUGUUCGGACCACGAAGUGCAUUGCUACUGUGAACACGAAAGGGGAAAACAUAAACAUAUGCUGGAGCCCUGACGGACAGACUAUCGCUGUUGGAAACAAAGAUGACGUGGUUACUUUCAUCGAUGCCAAAACGCACCGGUCAAGAGCGGAGGAGCAGUUCAAGUUUGAGGUGAACGAGAUCUCUUGGAACAACGACAACGAUAUGUUCUUCUUGACGAAUGGAAACGGCUGCAUCAAUAUUCUCAGUUACCCAGAAUUGAAGCCCAUACAGUCUAUCAAUGCCCACCCGUCCAACUGCAUCUGCAUCAAGUUUGACCCCACAGGAAAGUACUUUGCCACAGGCAGUGCAGAUGCUCUGGUCAGUCUCUGGGAUGUGGAAGAACUUGUGUGUGUGCGCUGUUUCUCCAGGUUGGACUGGCCGGUGCGGACUCUGAGCUUCAGUCACGAUGGCAAAAUGCUGGCAUCUGCAUCUGAGGAUCACUUCAUUGACAUUGCCGAGGUUGAGACUGGAGAGAAGUUGUGGGAGGUGCAGUGCGAGUCUCCCACUUUCACCGUGGCCUGGCAUCCCAAAAGACCCUUGCUGGCAUACGCCUGUGAUGACAAGGAUGGGAAGUAUGACAGCAACCGGGAAGCAGGCACCGUCAAGUUGUUUGGAUUGCCCAAUGAUUCCUGAGGGGCGUGGUCUGUACACUUGUGUGCCAUCAGCAUUCCAGUACUGCUUUUAUUUGGUUAAUCAGGAAUUGUUGUGGCCUUGAAACCUUGUGAUUGGUGCCAGCGCAGAUCUUGCUGUUCCGUUAGCCAGUUUCCAACACACAAGCAGGGAUGGAUGGAAACUGAACAUCUCUGUGUUCUCGUGUUUAAACUUGCAGAUGGCAUGGCAUUACUGUUUGCCGAGGUUAUAAAAAUAGCCUUCUUUUGAUGCAUAUAUGGCCAUGGCUUCCCGGUGUGUUUACUCCCCUUUAAUGUAUUGGUAUAUUUGCUGAGAAACCAUCAUAUUUUUUUAUUAAGGUAGUUUCUGUGCCUGAAGGCUUGGCUGUUUUUUAUUUUCUCCCAAAUGGAUUGUACUCAUAAAUAUGAAUCUGAAACCUAUUUUGGAACAUGCAGAAAACACUUCUGCUGAUUUUAAAAGGAACGGGUUUACCACAACCUCGAACAGUUUAAAAAAAAAAAAAUAAA